GCUGCCACUCCAGACUGAAUGCAAGUGGAGGGGGAAUCAUGGAGAAAGAGGAGAGAGAGAGAGCGAGAGAGAGAGAGAGAAUAUAGGUCUUGCCAAAUAAAGCCAUGGGGGCCUGGAAAGUGAUGGCCUUUUCUAAACUAUAAAUACGCUGUUAUUCUGCUGGAUCGGGUUUGGUGUCUGGAGGUCUGGAGCAGUAACUGCACCAGCCCAGUUCUGGAAACUCUCCUCCACUCUAAGGCCCGUCACAAUGCCCCGGGUGGAUGCUGACCUGAAAUUGGACUUCAAAGAUGUCCUUUUCAGACCAAAAAGGAGCAGUCUGAAGAGCAGGUCUGAGGUUGACCUGCAGAGGAACUUCACAUUCCGGAACUCCAAGCAGACGUACAAUGGCAUCCCGAUCAUUGCUGCUAAUAUGGACACCACUGGCACUUUUGAGAUGGCACAGGUGCUCAGUAAGCACACUCUCUUCACAGCCAUUCAGAAGCACUACUCUCUAGAGGAGUGGAAGACUUUUGCAGCCAGUCAUCCAGAAUGCCUAGAGCAUAUUGCAGUGAGCUCAGGCAGUGCAGCGGCAGAUCUGGAUAAACUUUGCAGCAUCAUGGAGGCCAUUCCUCUCAUCAAAUACAUCUGCCUGGAUGUCGCCAAUGGCUACUCAGAGCACUUUGUCGAGUUUGUAAAAAGAGUUCGGGAGAAGUUCCCUAACCACACCAUCAUGGCUGGAAAUGUUGUGACAGGGGAGAUGGUGGAGGAGCUGAUCCUUUCUGGAGCUGAUAUCAUUAAAGUGGGCAUUGGACCAGGUUCUGUGUGCACUACACGCAUUAAGACCGGAGUGGGUUAUCCACAGCUGAGCGCUGUCAUUGAAUGUGCCGACUCUGCUCACGGACUCAAGGGACACAUCAUCUCUGAUGGAGGCUGUAGCUGCCCUGGAGAUGUUGCUAAAGCUUUUGGUGCUGGGGCAGAUUUUGUCAUGCUGGGAGGAAUGCUUGCAGGUCAUGAUCAGUGUGCUGGUGAUGUCAUUGAGAAAGAUGGAAAGAAAUUCAAAAUGUUCUACGGGAUGAGCUCAGACACAGCCAUGAAGAAGUAUGUGGGAGGUGUAGCAGAAUACAGGGCCUCCGAGGGCAGGACGGUCCAGGUGCCCUACAAAGGUGAUGUGGAAAACACCAUCAGGGACAUCUUGGGCGGCCUGCGGUCCACCUGCACAUAUGUAGGAGCUGCCAAACUUAAAGAACUGAGCCGCAGGACAACCUUCAUCCGAGUCACACAGCAGUCCAGCCACAUGUUCACCUAGUCAUGCACACUAAACAGCACAAACCCUCGUAGAUUCACCAGGAUUGGAUGGGAAAACAUUUGCAUUCUUUCAUCUCCCCAACCUGUCAGUCACAGUGUUAUGCUGCUUCUUUAAAAUAGCAGAAUAAAUACGCAAUAGAGAGGAAAGACAGACACAAUCAUCAUGGACAUAAUUCCCUAUCUCUUCUUUGGAUGCAUGUAUCUCUUUGUUUCAUUGAUUAUAACUUCCUCAAAAACUCUCUCCCACACACAUUAACACACAGUGAUUUGCUCGGGAACCUGUACAUUACCUUGUAAAACAAAUUAAGUUACAACAUGGCUCAGUUUCAUUCAUUUAAAGCCUUUAAUUUCUGUACAGCAUGCAAUGGCAUUGAAUCUAUUUUUCCCUUAGGAAAAAGCCAUUAAGAGGACAAUACUUGAGAAAUUGAUUAAUUCUUUGUACCUAUGCAACCCAUUCUCUGCUGAGAGUGUACCAAUCAGCAUGUUGGUUCAAGAACUUAUACACCAACAGACAAUUUUCUCUGCUACUGUUUUCUAGCCCCUGUGUGUUGUAACUUUGAGUUGAUCUGAGCAGCGUUUGGUGUCCUGUUGUGAACUAUUUCUACAGGCCUGCUUCCUUUGUGAAUGUUCAAUAGGUGUGGUGGGAUGUCGUAUCAGACCAGAGGAAUGUGAAAACUGCUGUACCUCGUGUGUUCAAAGCCUUAGAUGAUGUAGCAAGUACUUUAUAAUUCUGUGAAAUGUGAGUAAAACAUUACAUAUGGAGAAAUAAACAUAUUUGAAAGAAGAAUGUGGUUGUUUUA